UGCUGCAGAUCUUCCCCUUAGCUGUACAUCCAUCCGCAGCCUCUCCAGCGGAGACUUGGGAUGUCCCAGCAGAAGAGGUGCCCAGGAGGACGCGGAGUAGGGACCAGGCGCCUCCACUGUCCCCCAUCCGGGGGCCUCCGCUUGGGGCCGGGCUCCAGAUGGACCCUGGGAAGGACAAGGAGGGAGUGCCGCAGCCCGCAGGGCCGCCGGCAAGGAAGAAAUUUGUGAUACCCCUCGCCGAGGAUGCGGUCCCUCCUGCAGUGGCCAAGCCUUUAUUCAAAUCCACAAAGAACCUUCCCACUGUGGACACCUCGGCCCAGGCGGCCCCUCAGACCUACGCUGAAUAUGUCAUGUCACGGCCUGCAGGAGGGCCUGGGGCUACGUGUCCCACAGGGUCAGAGCCCCUGGCAGGAGAGACCCCCAACCAGGCCCCCAAACCAGGGGCAAAAUCCAACAGCAUCAUCGUGAGCCCUCGGCAGAGGGGCAAUCCCGUACUGAAGUUCGUGCGCAAUGUGCCCUGGGAAUUUGGCGAUGUGAUCCCCGACUAUGUGCUGGGCCAGAGCACCUGUGCCCUGUUCCUCAGCCUCCGCUACCACAACCUGCACCCGGACUACAUCCACGCGCGGCUGCAGAGCCUGGGGAAGACCUUCGCCCUGCGGGUCCUGCUCGUCCAGGUGGAUGUGAAAGAUCCCCAGCAGGCCCUCAAGGAGCUGGCUAAGAUGUGCAUCCUGGCGGACUGCACGCUGAUCCUCGCCUGGAGCCCUGAGGAAGCUGGGCGGUACCUGGAGACCUACAAGGCCUAUGAGCAGAAACCAGCGGACCUCCUGAUGGAGAAGCUAGAGCAGGACUUCGUCUCCCGGGUGACUGAAUGUCUGACCACCGUGAAGUCAGUCAACAAAACGGACAGCCAGACCCUCCUGACCACAUUUGGGUCUCUGGAACAGCUCAUCGCUGCAUCGAGAGAAGAUCUGGCCUUAUGCCCAGGCCUGGGCCCUCAGAAGGUAAGAGCUCUGGGAGAGAACCCGAGGAGCUGGGGGAAGGAGGGAGCCCCAAAUAAACACAACCUGAGACCCCAAAGUUUUAAGAUGAAAAAAGAACCAAAGGCCAGGCACUGUGGCUUAUACCUGUAA